UUUUCUCCUAAAAGUGUUGCCUUAUUUAAUCGAAUUGUUUCUAGCAUAGAUUAUACACUUAAGUUUCUAGGAAGACAGACCAGUCCUUAAAAAAAGCUGCAGUUCAGUUCUUAUCGAGUUUACCUCGGGAGUUUUUAUGAGUAUUCCCAAUUUCGUGAGUUGAUCUUUAGUUACCAAGACCUAAAUAAAAGUCGUUUCAGUGAAAUGGCUCCUUGAAUGCGAACUAAAGUUGUGGAACAUCUUACUGACAUUUUAAAUAAAACAAAGACGCUAAAAAUUUUGUAGUAAUCCACUUGAACAAUUCACCACCGUACUUAAUACAUGUAAACGAACCUGUCAAAAACUGUUUAUGGAAAAGAUUGUUGCUAGGAUUGUAAAUUUGACAUUGACAACGACAGCCGCGUUCCCGAUUUUACAGAUUACAGGUGUCGUUUUACUUCUAUGUCAAAUAGCCUGUUCCUGUUGAUUUUCGGGAAGAUGUCUCCAAAAAUUAUCUUGUUAUUCAGUGGUAAAAGGAAGUCUGGAAAAGACUUUUUGACUGAUCAUUUAAGACACAUUUUAGCAGAUAAGUGUGAAAUAAUUAAAAUAUCUCAACCUAUCAAGACUCAUUGGGCUAAAGAGAAAAAUUUGAAUUUGAACGAAUUGCUCAGUGAGGGUGAAUAUAAGGAACAAUACAGACUGGAGAUGAUAAAAUGGAGUGAGGAAAUGCGAAACAAAGAUUAUGGAUGCUUUUGUAAAGCAGCUUGUGAAAAUGCUGCCAUUAAACCGGUGUGGAUUGUAAGUGACAUUAGACGUAAGACAGAUAUACGCUGGUUCAAGGAGACAUAUGGGGACAUCAUCCGAACAGUGAGAAUAACUGCAGACGAUCGAACUAGAAAGGAAAGAGGCUUUCAAUUCCAGGUUGGAGUUGAUGAUGCCACUUCAGAAUGUGAUUUGGAUGAUUACAAUGAUUGGGAUGUGGUGGUUAACAAUGGAGAAGGAAGGGAUUCUUUAGAAGAGCAGUUGGAUAGCAUAUUAAAAUUAGUGUCUAAUUUAUGAUUUAAAUGCAUAAUAAAUGGUUGUGUUUGCUAAAUUAUUUGCAAAACAAUAAAAUUAGCCGGAAUAAGUUAAUUUUAUUGUUACUUUUGUGGUGGCAUGAGAUUUAUGUUUUUUAAAUAAAAGUAUAUUGAUGAAAUAAGCGCCAUCUGUUGUCGAAUUUUAAAACAUAGUCGCUUCCGUUUUUUAUUUUACAAUUUCAAAACUAGCUUUACAAUAUAGUGCAUGGUUAUAGACAUUGUUUAAAGAGUAAAUUUAUAUUUUGGCA